AUGCGUGUUUUGGUCAUUUUUCUACCAAAAACCUUUCCAAACAAAUGUUUGCAUUUUAAAAAAUUUGGAUUAUGGGUAAUUUUCCAAUCAUCAUCCAAAGAAAAAUCACAUGAAAACAAUUUAAACACAUCUCCACCUAUCAUAACCUCACCACACAAUAACCAAAAGGAUAACUUAUAUAAAUCAGAAUCAACUAGUCCUAUAAAAUCAAACUCUUCAUCAUCAUCUAUUUCAAACCCAUCAAGUGUUUCGAGUGGAUCGGCAUAUUCCUAUAAUGGCUCAAGUGGCAGCGGUGUAAACUCUAUUACUCCUCCACCUAUUGUACACCCACCAACUAAAAAGAAAAGAUCAUGGAGAAUUAGAACCCCAUCACCAAAACCAAAAUCAGAGUCAACACUUAAUAGUCACCGCCACCAUCAUCAAUACCACCAUAAUAAUAACUUUUCUGAUCUUUCUGUUCAAUUGCCCCCAACCCCAACAUAUCCAGAAAAGCCAUUGUUUUUAUCAAAUUCGAAUCAUAUUCCAAAACCUAGAUCGAGACAUUCAUAUACAAAUUCUUUAGAUAAUUCAAAACCAACUCCAAAUAAAUAUCAAAACAAUAGCAACAACAUUCCUCAUCAAAAUAGUCAAUUUUCAUCUAAAAUAAAUUAUAACAACAAUAAUAAUAACUAUAAUAGCAACUAUAAUAAUAUAUCAUCAUCAUCAUCAGUUUCAUCUACAUCAUCAUCAACCACUAGUAUGAGUAAAAGAAGACAAACACCAUCACCAAACAAACUAAUCAAUUCAUCACAAACAACAAUUUCACAAAUUUCAAACUCAUCAUUAAACUCUAUGAACUCUUCACAUACUAAUUUAGUAGAUAUAGCAAAUAAUAAUAUAGUUUCUACAUUUACAAAUGAAAGUCCAUGCUAUACAAAUAUAAUAAGACCAAUUCCAAUUAAAUCUAGUAAUAACAAUAUUCAACCACAAAAUUCAUUAAAUGCCAGCCAAUCAUUAUUAGAUAAUAAUACUUUUUACACAUCAUCCUCUUCUUCUUCAUCUUCAUUAGGAUGUAAUACCGCUAUUGAAGAUAUACCAUUAGUACCAGUAUUAUCAUCAUCUCAUUCAAAUAUAAAAUAUUCCUCAGACAACCUCGAUUUUAUUACUGAUAAUAAAACCAUAUUUAAUUCAAGUAAUGGUUUAAUAAAUAAUAGUAUUAAUAAUGGUAUUCAGUCACCUUUACCACAUCAAAUAUCAAUUAAUUCUAAAGAUGAUUUAGAUGAAAAUGAAGACAAACUUCAAAAUUGGAAUGUAAUUAAUAUACCAGGAACUCAAAUGUGCAGAGAUCAAAUUACAAUUAAUCCAUUUGAAAAAUCAACAAAAGAAAUUUAUUAA